UGGCCGUCACAAGUGUCAAAGCCGAGUGUAAAAUCCUGCGAACCAAUAGGCCAAUCCUGGGACCACGUUCAGUUAGAAAGCGAAGAGAAGAAAUGAACAAAUGCCGGAGAAAGAGGCCCGAAAUAAAAGCCGAAGAGUCAGGAAAAGAGCGCGAAGUAGAAGCGGACAAUCCUCGACUAUCUGGGGAGCCCUCCCCGGAUAUCACGUCACGAAAGUCUGCCGAUAAGACGCAAAGUCCAAAGGACCAUCGGAAGGAAAUUAAACGAUUUGAUAGGAAGAAAGUGCCCAAUUCUGAGAAACUCCAACCCCGAAGAAGACAGCUGCCGAAGAGGCUGAAGAAGUCGCCGUCGAGGACGAGAGAGGAGAUCUGCACCAAGCUGGACCCUGAAGAGUCCCCCAGUGAAGACACCGAGGACUCUCAGAAAAAGCAGGUCCUUUAUAAGAAACUAAACGACGGGAACUACACAUGCGACAUCUGCCAGAUGAGCUUCGAACAGAAGAGCAAGAUCUUGCGACACAUCACGAGCAAGCACAGCUUCCACAGGCCCUUCAAGUGCGCGACCUGCUCGAAGGCUUUCAAGUACAAGUGCGACUUGAAGGCUCACAAGCUCGUCCACGAGGACGUGGACUCCAGCCUUCUUCACUGCUGCGACAAGUGCGAUUACAGGACCAAGACGAAGAACAACUUGAAGUCCCACUACAUCCGGAAGCACACCGACGACUACAAAUUCUCUUGCGAGCACUGUGGGAAGAGGUUCAAAAUGGAGUGGGACCUAAAGUUCCACAUCGGGACCCACAGCAAUGCUCAGCAUAUGUGCGACAUUUGCGGUAGAUUCUACUCGAGCAAUUAUUCUCUGUACAAGCACCGGAAAGUAGCCCACCUUAACGAGUACAAGUUCCAGUGCACGGUGUGCAACAAAAGGCUCCUCACCCAAGAGAACCUGGACAGCCACAUGCUGCAACAUAAUCAGACCUACAGUUGCAAAGAUUGCGGGAAAAUAUUUGCCUCGAAGAGGUAUUUGGCUACCCACACGACGACCCACACUGGCGUUAAGCCGUACCCUUGUCACAUUUGCGAGAAGAAUUUCAGGACUUCGCAUAUGAGGAACACGCAUCUACUCACGCACUCUGCGGAACGGCCGCAUAUUUGCGAUUUGUGCGGACAGGCCUUCAAGAGGAGGUACUACAUGAUCGAACAUCGAAGGAAACAUCCCGAUGCUCACUUGUCUUCGCCCCCAGUUCCUCUGGGGAAGAACAAAAACCAUUCGGAACCAAUUUCUCAUUAGAAUGUGGUGUAACAACGCUGUAUGAGUUUGUAUUAAGUGUACUGUACGAGUUUCCCAACCACCUCGGCAUACAUUUUCUCUUAACAGGGUCAGUAGGUUGCAAAACAUAUUUCAGAGGGUGUUUCAAAGAGAAUGAAAAGGUACAGGGAAUGCUUUCUUACGAGGCCGUUUUGUUUGACGUUCUGCAGAGAAUACGAGAUGAAAAAUGUUUUAAAUGUUUAAAACUGACGGACUUUUGGAGACUGGAAGUGUCUAACUUUUUUUCACGAUGUAUAUGGAAAGGUAAAGGUGGUUUUAGAAAUUAAGAACUGAUGGCACAGCUUUUCCUAUGCGAAUGGAAUUCAGAUUCAAGUAAAGGAAAGGCCAUUAGGAAACACUUUUUCGUUGCAUUUUGUUCAUUAACUGUCAAUAUUUUUUUUAAAGAAAAAUGUACCUUGUUUAUACAACCACCUUGACCUUUUCAUUCAGGCUAAAUUUCUCCUGGGAUCAUGUACAUCAUAAAAUUAUAAUCAGAAAUUUCCAACCACUAUAAGUCCGCCGUUUAAAAAUAUUAAACAACUUUUUAUCUUAAAUUCUUCGGAAAAACAUUAAUGAAGUAUUUCCUAUACCUUUCCCAAAGUUCUGAGCUAAUCAUUCUAAUAUAUUUAAACGUGUAUAUUUUUUUUAUCCGUUUUAAUUUAUUUUCGUAAACGCGAUAAUUUUUUCUUCCGCCGACUAAAUAUUCUUAGAAAAUCAUCUAGAGAUAUGAAUUGUACUUCUGCAUAUUUAUUUUUUGCUGGUUCAAAAAUACUCCGAUGUGAUCAAUUUGCAUACAUUUUAAAUCUAAUUGACCAGGACCGAAUAAGUUUAUCAUUCUUAGUCAUUCUUAGGGAGAUAUCCUGAAUUAUUAUUCUCAAUUCCUCCUCCUAUAAUGAAAAAGAAACUAGUGUAAAGUAAAAUACGCCAUCCGUCAGGGAAUUCGCAAGGCAAGGGGUUAAAGUUUCAUACAGCGUGUUAUCCAGUUUACACCAAGUAAUUACACACUCACAAAAGUAUGUACAAGCAAAGAGGCUCAACAUUUGAUUUAUUCUUACUGACUGUAAUUGGAUGGACGCGUUUCCAAGCAGUUAAUAUUAGGAAUAUUCUGUCGAAAACAAUCGAAUCCGAAGUUGUCGGCAUUUCAAUAUGGCGGAUCUGAUUGUCCGAAGAAGCGCAUCACGGAUGCUAUGCAAUCAUCUUGAGUCUUUUGUCAUCAACACCAAUAAACAAUGUAAAGGUGGAUAUUUAUGUACGUUUUGGCUUUAAAAUAUGAUUGGUUGGACACAUCACGUAAACCAAUCAGAAGAUUAUUGUCUUGAAAGUCCCCAAAAUCGCUUAGCUGACAACUUUUCAAUAUGGCGGCUCCUCGAUGCGCAACGUAGACGCGUUUUAACGUAUUCCCGUGUUUCUUCUGUCACUUUCAACGUCGAUGGACAAUAUUAGGGCGCAUUUUUACGUACUUUUCCGAUUUUCGGAGAUGACAAGACUGUAAAGCAAGUGAGAAUAUCUGUGGUUCCGAUUCGCACUCUCCAAACAGUAUUAAGGACAGCUUUUUAGUGCCACUUCAUAACGAGGUAACAGUGACACACAACGAAGAUGGAAAAACGAUUAUAUCUAGGCAAUUUAAAUUUCAUUUCGCUUCGUGUCCCCACCGAGUUGAGAUUCUACAAAGUAUGGACAUUUUUAUAUCGACAGAUGUAUAUUCUGUACUCGCGGAAUCAUUUCAUACAACUGGAAAUGUCGAUCGAAUUUUGUA